UGUUGGUUGUUAAGUCGCAAGAUAAUGAUCAUUGAAUAAAAAUGGAAUUAUAUAUAUCGCUCAUACUCAUUUAGGAUGGUCGGAUUAAUAUUUAGUUUUUAACCAUUGACCUCGCGGCAUUAAACAACUAACAUGACCGAUGACAGAUCGUCAUUAACUUUGGAUGCGGCAUUGUACGACAGUAAUCUAGGCAAAUAUGGGUUAAGUGUCUGCGCAUCGCAGUUUAGAAAGAAAAUGGCGCAAAGUGAAGGUUGCGUGCAAUUAUACGUAUGCGCGGAAGAUCAUUCUCAUCUCUACGAAAAAAUCAUGGCCACCCGCGCAUCCAUUUUGCAGGAUCAUGUAACUUAAUAGCUAUAUGAUAUGCUUCAAGUAUAUGAAACAGACAAGCACAGGACGUACUAAAGAGAAACUAACACUUGAGCCAUAGCUAUGGUUUUUGGAAGGAUUCUAGGUUAUAAAUUUUUUUAGACAAACCGAUUGUCACAUAAAAUUUUAGCUGUUAGUUAUGUUUCGUAGCGGUUUUAUCAUUCUAAAUAAAGCUAUACUAAAUUUAAAAUACACAAAAAUUGGAAGGACGAUAAAAUUCCCGAGGACAAAUCCUCUUGCUCAAAGGAGUUUAAUAUUAAAAGCUAGUAAUUAUUCACCAAACUUUCUUGGAGCCAAUCAUUUCGCGAAAAGUUUGGCAUUAAGCAUACUUACAUGGCUGGGGUUCACAAAAGACGAUGAACAGAAGGAAUCUGAACUUAUUAUGACCUUAAAACGUGCAGUCUUAUGUACCCAAAGAGAACAAUACGAUAUGGCGGAGCAGAUGUUGCACUUAGCUUUGCGUCUCGCUCAGCAACAGCAGAAUGAGCAAGGCAUUCUCUAUUGUUAUGACUUGAUGGCAAAUCUAGCUUUUGAUACGUACAACUUGGACAAAGCAGAAAAAUUGUUUGUUAAUGUGCUUCAGUUACUAAUUGGAUCAGGGGCAUCACAAGAUGAUUUGCAGGUUAUCCACAUCAGCUUAAAGCUGGCCAGAAUUUGUCAGUUGAAAGCAGAUUUGGAAAAAGCUGAUAUAGGAUAUAGGUGGUGUUUAGAGCAAAUAGAGAAAAAGAAAAAUGAAAAUGAAGAUGCUCAAGUAUUAUUUGGUGUAAUUAAUGAUUGGUAUGCCCAAUACUUACUUGAUAUAGGAAACAAUGAAAAAUCUUUGGAAUACUUAAAUGAAGCAUACAAAGUAUGUAGUGAAAUACAAGGUAAAAAUAGUGAAAAAAGUAUGCUUCUCUUAAACGAUUUGGGUAUCACCACAUUCCGUGCCGAAGAUUACACCAGGGCAGAAAAAUAUUUGAAAGAAGCCUUAUUGAUUGGUAACAGCCUAGAUGAUAAGACCCACGUGGGUGUAGUUCAUGCUAAUCUAGGACUAGUACUGUUGCAAAAAGGUGUAUUGAGUGAGGCAGAAAAAUAUUGCAAGGGUGGUUUGCAAUUAGGUAAAAAACAUGAUGAUCAGGAAUCAGUGGAACAAUCUAACUAUUGCCUUGAUCAAAUAAAACUCAAUCUAGGAAUGUAAACUCUAUUUGAUAGUAUGACAGGUUGUACAAAUUAAAUUAAAU